AUGAAUGUGUAUUUGUAUGACAGAAAUGGAUGUGAAAGAGCUGAUAGAAAGGAAUAUUUAAAAGAUGUAGAAAUGAAAAUAAAUGAAGAAAUUAUUGAAAACAAUGAGAAGAAUGUGAAAAUUAGAAAAGAAAGUUGUAUUAUUCUGCUUAAUAAACAAGAAUUUAUGUUUGGUAACACUAAAGAAAAAGAUAGUAGUUAUGAAAAGAGAGUUAUAGGUGAAAAUAAAGCAGGAAAUUCUAAUUUAAUUAAUAAAAUACUUUAG